CAGAGUGGGAUUAAAAGAAGCAUGCGCGUGCCAAAAACCCAGUUACUACUCCGUUUGUCCACGACGCGCCCUCCACGGACAGAAAAGACAUGGCCGACAAGGAGGUUUCCAUCGCGACGCCGAGCCUCGACCUCUCGCCGCAGACAACUGAGCAGUCGGUGGACGACGAACCAACGCUGUGGAAGUCUAUCAGGAAAUGGCCCAAAGUUCUGGGAUAUUCAUUCGGUUUGACGUCGGCCAUCUUGCUCUAUGGAUUUGACACGUCAAUAGUUGGCAACGUCUCGGCUAUCCCAGCGUUUCAGGAAGACUAUGGCCGCGAAUUGGAUGACCGCCACAUCAUCCCGUCAAUGUGGAUGGGACUGUGGAAUGCUGUCAGCCCCAUAGGCAUUAUGAUCGGAAGCAUUAUCGCCGGCUGGCUUCAAGACCGUGUUGGACGGCGGCCGACACUCGCCCUGGGAAGCCUGUUGUCAGCCGCGGGGGUGGCUAUCAUAUAUUGCUCUCAUUUCCUCGACGUACUGGACUCGCGGCGGGGCACCUUCCUCGCAGCCAAGCUCAUUCAGGGGCUGGCAAUUGGAUCGCUCCUGUGUACCACGCAGACCUAUCUCUCAGAAAUCCUACCGCCGAAGCUGAGGGGGUCAGUGAUGGCAUUCUUUCCGGUCUUCACGCUGCUUGGGCAAUUGAUUGGUGCGGUCGUCGUCUACACAUCCUUGGACUAUCCGGGGAAUCGGCCCUACACCACCCCGAUGAUUGCACAAUGGCCGUUUUCGGCUGUCCCUUUCGUCCUAGCUCUGCUGGUGCCCGAGAGUCCAACAUACCUGCUCCGCAAGAGGAAAUACGACAAGGCAUUCAGAGCCCAACAACGUCUCGACAGCUCAAGAACCGACACGCAGAAGAACAUAGACAACCUGGUAGUCUCGCUGCAGAAAGAGGAAGAGCGGGCCAAACGCGAUCGCGCAACGUACACGGAAUGUUUCCAAGGCACAAACAGACGGCGCACGCUGAUUGUUAUCUUUGCAAACACGCUGCCCCAGCUUUUUGGGCUCUCCUUACUCGCCGAUGCCAGCUAUUUCAUCCAUGUCGUCGGCAUGAGUGCAGAUAACGCUCUCCUGUUCCUCCAGCUUGGCGUAGGCCUGGGGCUGCUCGCCAAUAUCGUCAGCAUGUGGGUUGUGACCAAAGUCGGGCGACGAGUCCUCGGCAUGACAUCGUUGAUCGGCAGCACAGUCCUCUGGCUCGGGAUGGGCAUUGCUGGGUGCUUUGAUGGUGUUGUCGUGAUAUGGUAUACAGCGGUCACCAUGAUGGUGGUUAUCGUCGUUGUCGGGGUCGGGAUAUGGCCGGUCUCGUACGUGGUCGGCGCCGAAACAUCGUCCCUUCGACUUCGUGCAAAGACCCAAGGGAUCGGAUGGUGCUCAGGAGCUUUAGCACAGGGAGCCUUUGGGAUCAGUCUUCCUUAUGCAUACAACGUCGACAAAGGUGACCUCAGGGCCAAGGCGGGGUUUAUCAUCGCAGGGUUCUCGGCCAUUGCGUGGGUGCUGACCUGGCGCUUCGUUCCAGAAAUGAAGGAACGUACUGCCGCCGAGAUUGAUGUCAUGUUUGAGCAUCGGCUACCUGCCAGGAAAUUCAAAGACUGGAGAGAUACGAUGGGCGAAGUAGUUGCUGAUGAUUCUUUCGGGUCUCAGGCGCACUUGGCAUAGACUGAAACGAAUUGAGGAGUGGUUUCUAUUCUACUAUUAGGGCAUGUCAGCAUACAAGUCGAUCCCCCGCAGCCUGGCUUACGAUCUAGCGAGCUGCGCACUUCGUGGGGCACUUGGGUAGUACCCGUAUUC